CCAUUCACCUGAUUGAUGGCUUGCCAUCUCUAGCGAGCAAUAUGGCGACGCACAGUCAACGGUCAGAACAGCGGCUUCGUUUCACGCACCACUCCCGCGCUCACGCUACCUAUAUAGCCAGAGGAGGCCGUUUUAAUUGUUUCAGUUCUUUGCAGAAUUUUGUCGCGGAAGAAUAGAUCGUGGAUAGCGUUCACGGCCGGGUCCGUCGCUAGUGAACGAGUUCCACAAUUUCUCUCAUAACUUAGCCAAAUCGUACGUUACCUGGAAGAAACGCUUCCUCCGCGCACACGCUUCGAAGUAUUAUCGCAUUACUGGAGAAAAUAUUUCGCGUGGGGUCUCACCCAGCCAUAAUCUGAGCAGCUAUCGGUUAUCAUCAGAGCUACCGACGCGCAUCUUCGCGAGACUCGUGUGGGGGAGGUAUUCGCGGCACAUCUUCGUGAGACUCUCUUGGGGCGCGCGCGUUUUCGAGUGGUGAUGCGGUUUUGUAAACUCGCGUAGAAACAAAGAAAGGUGCUCCCGUGAAAGUGGCCCGUAGUACUAUACUGGAGAAGGGGAGACCUGACAUCGUGAAUACUGAAAUGCUGCAACGGCAGCUGGACGAACCGACGGUCGACAACCUCUGGAACUAUCUGGUAUUCGUGGCGUUCGUUGUGGUGUCAGCACUGAUACCGAUCCGCAGGCGACUAUGCAGCCGCAAGGUGAAAACGAAAGAGGACUACGUUUUCGGGGCCGGCCAUAUUUCCACCCUGGCGAUGAUGCUGUCGAUUGCACGGGGCACACUCGGUGUCAUCUCGGUGCUUGGUUAUCCCAGCGAGUUCUUCUACCGGGGGACAGCAAUGUGGGAAACGCUGUACGGGAUGGUCACGGCCUAUCCGAUCGUGUGUUUUGUUUUCAUUCCUGUUUAUUUCGAUUUGGGGAUUACGUCGGUUUACCAGUAUCUGGAGUUGAGAUUCAACAGUCGGCUGGUACGAUGCCUCGCCUCCGGUACCUACAUUCUGCGCACUCUUCUCAGUCUCGGCGUUACCAUCUACACCCCAACGGUAGCCCUGAACACCAUCAUCGGGGUACCGUAUUGGGCAUCCCUGCUGUGUAUCACCUGUAUCAGCAUCUUCUUCAACGCUCUGGGCGGCAUGAAGGCAGCCGUAGCUGCAGACGUGAUUCAGAGCCUGAGCAUGACUGCGAUGCUGGUCGGGAUCGUUAUCUACUGCAGCAUCGAGGGUGGUGGUAUGACACGCAUAUUUGAGAUCGGAGCGGAGAGCGAGCGAAUGAACUUUUUCAACUUUGCCGCUGAUUUACAUCUGCGAGUUACGACGACAUCUGCCUGGCUGGGGGAGCUGUUUAUGUCACUCAGUCUGUUGGGCUGCCAACAGAACUUUGUGCAACGAUACCUUAGCAUGCCUAAUCUGAGCAAAAUCAGAAGGACGAUGUUGAUGAAUAUACCGGUGGUAGCCAUUUUGUUUUCACUGCCUUGGCUUGUAGGCAUGGGAAUUUUUGCAUUAUACCACAAUUGUGAUCCGUUGAGAGCGGGAUACAUCGAUAGGAUGGACCAAAUACUGCCCUAUUUCAUAGUGGAUUUCUUCGCAAGCACUCCCGGAGUAUGGGGCAUAUUUGUUGGAACGCUGUUCAAUGGAGCGUUGACGUUGAACAUAUCGAACAUUAACUCGCUCGCCACGGUUACGUGGGAAGAUUUCCUGUCACUGAUUCCAGCGCUGACGAGGAAAACCGAUUGCUACCAGCUGAAUGUGAUCAAACUGGUAGGAUCGUUCUACGCCGUAUUGAUAAUGGGCAUUGCCUUUCUGGUGGGGCUUCUGUCCGGAGUGAUAGAAUCAUCCGUACUAGUACUCUCGGCAACAUCAGGACCUCUGCUGGGAGUAUUCAUUCUAGCAAUGUUCGUACCCUUCGCCAACUGGAAGGGAGCAGCUUUGGGAAUGGUUGUUUCUCACACUGUAACAGCAUGGAUAGUGACGGGUCGGAUGAUGUAUGUUGAAGUCAACGAUUCCUUAUUGUCUACCUCGAUCGUAGACUGCGCGUUGGAUGUAUCUCAAAGUAGCAACGCAACCUACACCAGCAUGAUAGAUCAUAUAAGUAGAAUUUCCUCCCCGCCCGAGGAUUCCAUGUUGCUGUGGAUAUACUCCGUAUCCUACAUGUACUAUGGAGUGUUCGGCACCAUACUGACGGUAGUGGUCGGUUUAGUGUUCAGCAUAGCCACCUGGAGCAGUAGCGAUGAGUACAACAAGAAAAUGCUGCAUCCUGCUGUGCGAUGGUUACACUCACGGUCACCAUUCGGAGGAAAGCGUUUCGGAUCGUUUGACUUGAAGAAGGACGAAAAACCGACGUUGACUCCAGCGCUAGACGUUACCGCGGCAAAGGUUGCCGUUAAGAGUUGAUAUUGUUUAUAUUGAGAUGACCGCGGUUUUUAGUAGCAUAUUAACGUUGGAAGUGCCAUUUGCUUCUCAGCUGCUGUCAAUGAAUUAGUGUUGAUGAAAAGUUGAUAUAGCUUUAAUUAUCUAAGUUUUUUGUUUAGCUGAUAUUGGGUGUUCGGAAAGUGGUAUUGUAUUAGGGAAACAUUACAGAUUUUCUAUUGAUGCAAUCAUGAUUUUUAGUGUUGAGUCAAGUUCCAGAGCAAGUCUUUUUUUUUUCUCUAUUAUAGUGACUUUCAACACAUUUCGACUGGUUCGUCACUUUUACUUCCAUUAUUGGAAGAAUGUCGGGAGAGAGAAUGGAACUCGUGAUCUCUGCGUGAGAGGUAUGGAUGUUACCACUACGCCAGAUCGCCUCCACCCCAGAGUAAGUCAUGGAAGUCAAUGCGAUGGGACAGUCGUUUCUUCAAACAUUAUCCCGAACGUUUACAAGCGAAUUUGAAAACAAACUUUGCUACCUAGUUCAGGACUGGCGUUUUGAUAAUAAAUCCUAUAUAGAAUGGUAUCAUAAUGGUUAUGCUUGGACCGCAUUUUUACCUUUUCAAUACGAAAAAGCUAAACUAUGCCUGAAGAGCAACUCCCGGCUAUCUUUUUUCGAAGGGAAGGAAUCAUACAAAAGCAUUUCUUUUAAACUUUUUCACGUGAAAAGUUUCACAUAGGUGUGAAGUUGACCGAGAGGUCGUAUAUUGAGCAGUAGUAAGUCUUCCGACAAAAAAACUGCAUUCCGAACAAUCCAGUAGAUUCAAGUGAUUUCUAAUGUCAGUAAUGUAGUAUUGGUGCAAUUAUUUAAGAAGCAAUAACAUCUAUACGUAGAAAAUAUUUAUGCUGUCUAAGAUGAAGUUAUUCCUACGGAUAUUGUUAGGUUUUUAGAACAACGAUCAUAUAUUCAUACAAUGUUAUUUAAGGAAAAUGUG